GCCGGGAGCCGCGGGCGGCUGGGCCGGAGCGCUGAGGGAUGGAGCCCGCAGGCCUCACCCUGAAGCUGGUGCUGGUCGGGGACAGCGGCGUGGGCAAGUCCAGCCUCCUGCGGACGGUCACGGACGGCGCCUUCGAGCCGCGCCUCGCACCCACCGUCGGCAUUGAUUUUAAAGUGAAGAAAAUGGUGCUGGAGGGCCGUGCAGUGCAGCUGGCCAUUUGGGAUACAGCAGGACAGGAGCGUUUCAGAACAGUGACUCCCAGUUACUACAGAGGAGCUCAAGGGGUUGUUUUAGUGUAUGAUGUUACAAGAAGAGCCACUUUCACAGGACUAGGAAGGUGGCUGAAUGAGCUGGAGAUGUACACCACCUCCAGCAGCACUGUGAAGAUGCUGGUUGGCAAUAAAACUGAUAAGCCUGACCGUGAAGUGGAGAGAAAAGAAGGGCUCCAGCUUGCCAGGAAACACUCACUGCUUUUUAUAGAGACCAGUGCCAAGACACAGGAUGGAGUGCACCAUGCCUUUGAGGAGCUGGUCCUAAAGAUCCUGCAGACUCCAGAUCUUUGGGAUAAGGGCACAGGGAGGAAGGGAGUCCAGCUCAUGGAGUCCUCAGUACAGCAGCAUGAAGGGUUCUGUGGUGCCUCCUGUGCACUUGUUUAAAUGUACAGCUGCCUCUUCUGCCUGACUGCAGAAAAAAAAAGGGGUGGGGAUGGGAUUCCAAGCACCAGUCUGUGCAGAUCCAAACCACAAACUCUUUAGCAAAAUACAUUUUUAUUCAUUAACAAAAUACAGUUUUUCCUUCCCUUUUGCACAGCUGCUGUCUGCAGGUAGUUUUUUGGUAGCUCUCAGAUUUUUCACUAUUAAAUCGUAGUGCUGCUUAGAGAACUGUGCUUUUGCUGUAUGCCAGUCAACAUGGACUUUGGUGGAAUUCCUGCCUCAACAUAAAUUAAGUGGUAUUCAAUUCUGGAACAUUAUUGAGAAGAUUCUCUUCCCUUGGAUGGCACGGGAGGCUUUGAGACACCCAAGGUACCUUCAUGCAGUUACUCAGCAGGAGUUUGAUCAGUGGGCAGAGUUUCCUGAUUUUGGGUGGUUUUAAAAAGUCCAAAUUGCUGCAUGUCCCCAGAGAGUAAGCUGAGUUACUGGUGGAUUUCAGGGCUGUGAUGAAGAGGAUGUGUAUUUUAACACGUCAGGAAAAGUGCAGGACACUGAAGUGAUUGCUGUUCUCUCUGCACUGAGCAUCAGGGAUGAGAUGCACUCAGCAUUCUGGGCUGUCACACCAUGGCUGUGGUUGUGCAGUCACUGAGUCUCUGCAAACUCUUGUCCUCUUCUAGAAACCACAGAUAAAAGUGAAAAUUUUAUCAGAAUUGAUAAAAAUGUUAUCAGAAAUUGAUAAAACUCAAUUUCAGAAAAUGUGCUGCCUAUGGGAGACUUUUCACUAGGGUAAGUCUGUCACCAAUCCCAGUACGAAGUUAUCUUUUUGUCUUUUACACUUUUAAUGGCAAUGUUGUAUUCAAAUAACUGAAAAUUCCAGAUGUAACUUGUGCCUUGCCUCUGUUAAUGCAUAUUUCUGACUAUGUUAGAUCAUAAAGCAAACUUACAGCUUUAUUUACUCCUAGUCAUGCAAAAUGUUCCAAGAUGUUAUGAUAGCAACCUUCCCUUAAAUAAAUUCUGACUCUUAGUUUUUUAACUUAAAUCUGAAUCUUCUAAAUAUGUUCAUGUCUUGCAGACUCUAAAAUUCUAUUUGUAACCUGAAAUACAGACCUAGGGUGAGAUCAAUCUGGCCAUUUAUUAUUGUCAUAAAAUGACUUUAGUUUGAAAUGCUGUAGCUGAAAUAAUUUUUAAAACAUUUCCCUCAGUUUUUGAUAGGAUCAAGGUACAUCUGUCAUGAAGUGCCUCUCUAAGAAGCCAAAUCCUGGUGGGGGCUGUGCUGGCACAUGGUUGCAGAGCUGACAGCCCACUGCCUGUGGAGGAGUCCUCAGCAUUGUUUGAGGUCACCAGGCUGCAGCACUGACAAAGAGCAGGGACCUGC